AAUUAGUAAUGUUAGUAACUUCUACUAGCAAUAGAAUAAUAAUCAUUUCUCAAGCAAAUGUGUUCAGACUAAAGAAGCAAAGGUUAUUAUAAUGAGUAUAAUGGCGAUGGAUGUACAAGGUUCUUUGAGAGAAGCUUUAUAUGAAACAUUAAGUGAUAUUCUCUCACCUCAAGGAGAAACUCGUCAAGCAGCUGAGCAAAGAAUACAAGCAUUAGAAGUUACAGAGGAAUUUGGUAUACAUUUAACAGAAUUUGUAGUAGAUCCUAAUGGACAUUUACCUAUUAGGCAGUUAGCAUCUGUGUUAUUGAAGCAAUAUGUUGAUACUCAUUGGUCCUCCGUGUCUGAAAAAUUUCGACCUCCUGAAAUAAAGUAUGCAACAAAGGAAAAAAUCAAAGAAUUAUUGCCACUAGGGCUUCGUGAAUCGAUUAGUAAGGUACGUGGAGUAGUAGCUUAUGUAAUAUCAGCAAUUGCACAUUGGGAUUGGCCAGAAAAUUGGCCAGGUUUGUUUGAUAUACUUGUCAGCUGUUUAAGUGGGGAAAGCGAGUAUGCUGUUCAUGGAGCAAUGCGGGUUUUAAGAGAAUUUACGUUUGACCUUACUGAUACUCAAUUACCAAAUGUGGGACCAGUAAUCCUUCAAGAAAUGUAUCGAAUAUUUCAAAGUGAAAAUCAAUACUCUAUUAGAACUCGCGGUCGUGCUGUUGAAAUCUUUACUACAAUUACGAACUUAGUUGCCUCUAUAGAAGGGUAUCAAAAAGGAUUUACUGAGCAAUACCUACAACCUGUCAUACCCAUGUUUUUUGAAAAAUUUGUUCAGUGUUUACGAUUACCUGAUGGUCCUACAAGCGAUAGCGGGCUUAAAACGGAUGUUAUCAAAGCUAUAAAUUGCUUAGUUACCAAGUUACCUAAGUAUGUGUCAAAUUUUUUACCUCAGAUGCUACUGCCUGUUUGGGAAACUUUAGUGCAAAGUGCAAAACUUUAUCAAGAGAGAUCCGUAAAUGGAGAAGGAGAUACAAACGAUAGAGAAAUCGAUUCAGACGGUAAAGUAAUUAACUUUAAUAAUCUGAUUCUUGCAAUAUUUGAGUUUGUUCAUUCUAUCGUGGAUCGUAAACGAUUUUCCAAUCUUUUGGAUAAUUUACUGCAAGAAGUGAUGUAUUAUUUAGUAAUUUUUAUGCAAAUAACCGAUGAUCAAAUUGAAUUGUGGACCACUAGUCCCAAUCAAUUCGUCGAGGAAGACGAUAUAUUUGCUUACAAUGUACGCAUUUCGGCACAGGAACUCUUAACGGCAUUAGUGAAUUAUUCCGAAAAAAAAGCAGUGGAUGCCCUUUGCGAAGUUGUAACACGUCACAUCGAAGCUAGUAGUAGAUUGCAAAAUACAAACAACGGAAGUGAGAAUAAUAAAACAUGGUGGAAAUUACAAGAAUCAUCAAUUUUGGCGUUAAGUAAAGUAAAAGAUGUCGUGGUGGAAAGACAAGAAACCGGAAUGCUCCAAUUCGAUAUUAUUAAAUUUCUGGACACAAUUGUUUUAGCUACUUUAAAAGAUUCAGGUGCACCACCGUUACUUCUUGGUCGUUGUUUGUGCAUUGGUGGAAAAUACGCUGAAAUAAUGCCGCCAGAAAUGAGUUCACGUUUUUUGGAAGCAACGGUUAAUGGCUUACAAGAGAAUCAACCUUCGUGUAUUCGUAUCAGUGCAGUGAAAGCUAUUUAUUGGUUCUGCAAAGCGUCGAUGACGGAAAAUAAUAGUACUUUGGGCAAUAUUAUACGAUCUCAUUUGCCAAAUAUAUUUCAGGGACUUUUUAAUUUAGUCAAUCAAUCACCUACGGAAAUUUUGAUUCUAGUAAUGGAAACUCUACAAGUAUUGGUUUCGUUAGAUAAAUCGUUUACCGCUUCAGUGGAAAAUAAAAUUUGCCCUUUAACUAUCGCGGUAUUCUUAAAGUUCUAUAGUGAUCCUGAAAUUUUGAGUCCAUGUCAAGACAUAUUCAAAAGUUUGACACAAAAUCCUGAUUGUAUAGGACCAUUACAAACUCGUUUGAUACCGACAUUGACUAGCAUGAUGGCUGUAACGCCUAUGGACAAAUCAAAGGAUGAGAGAUGCCGUAACGUGGCUCUGGAUAUAUUACAAGUAUUGGUGCAAUACUCUCCGAAGCCGUUGAGCAGCACAUUGGUUGAAACUGCGUUUCCUGCUGCCUGUCAUUGUAUAUUGAAUUCAGAGGACAACGAAACGUUGCAAAGCGGUGGCGAAGUAAUACGGACUUACUUAGCGGUUGCGGCUCGGCAGGUGACGGUACAUCGAGACAGUGACGGUCAAACGGGUUUACAAUACAUACUGCAGAUUGUGGCACAGCUGUUGAAUCCGCAGUUGAGCGAGUUUACAGCGACUUUUGUCGGACGAUUGGUGACAACGUUAAUUAGGAAAGCGGGAAACACAUUGGGCGAAAAUCUCGAUCUAUUAUUGAAGGCCGUGUUGAGUAAAAUGCAGCGAGCUGAGACAUUGACCGUGGUACAAAGUUUGCUUAUGAUAUACGCUCAUCUCAUAAACACAGAGUUUGAUGCCAUCCUAAAUUUUCUGUCAACCGUACCCGGUCCGACAGGACAAAGUGCUCUCGCAUUCGUACUCUCUGAAUGGGUCAGCAGGCAACACCUAUUUUUCGGUAGAUAUAACCGAAAGGUAGCAACGGUCGCGCUUUGCAAGAUAUUGGAGUACGGCGUUACUCAUGGCGACAGUCGAUUGAACGAGAUCACGGUGAAGGGAGACCAGAUAUUUUCAGGAAACGAAGAAGGCGUGAGGACGAGGAGUAAAGCCGAAUCACAGCCUUAUCAGUGGACCACUAUACCUGUGUUGGCCAAAAUAUUCAAGUUAAUAAUCAACGAGUUAUCGAACGACAUCGAAGCGGUCACUACUAAUCAGGACACGGACGAGUCAGACAACGACGAUGACGAAGAUGAUGACGGCGAGAAUGCCUAUCUGGAUCCAGGCUACGAAACUACGUUAAUGUUGGGAGAAGAUACGAAUGAAGCUGAUGAAGACGAGGACGAUCCAGAAUUGUUACAGGAUUCCAUCUAUCAAUUAAAUCUGAUCCAAUAUAUGCGGGAUUUUCUGUUAAAUUUUUCGACUCAUCAUUGCUUCCCGGCAUACAUUCAGCAUCUAAAUAUUCCGGAACGAAAAGUUUUAAAUAGCUUAAACAUCAAUGCAUCGUUCAUGCAAUAGAUAAAUGGAUAAAUAGAUCGUUAAAUAGACAUAUGAACAAUUACACAUGUCGAUGAUAAAGAUUUUCAAAUUUCGUAAUAA